GUCAGGAAAAAGUUUUCAGAAAAAAAAAAAAAACAAUAGUGAGGGAGAGCUGCUCAGUUAUGGUUGCUCGACUUUGGCAACCGUAACACGUAGAUGUUAUGAGGAAUUUAGUUGUGUUUGGGUUACAAGUGCGAAAUUUCCGGACAUAAACAAUAACAUGCAGGGGCUCCAUACCUGAUAAAGACCUCAUAAGCUAGUCAGUGAAGUCAUAGCUUUCUAAUAUCAUAGAAAGCUUCUGACAGCCCACUUGGAACUGCAGCUAUUCGGCAAUACUGCAAAAACGGCAUGUUUGACAUGGCUUCCCUUCUCCCCGGCGUGAGCUCGCUACACGUUUGGCCCUUAGGCUGAUGAGCCCGGAGUUUGUGAACCUGUAAGGCAAACACUGAACAACUGGAACGAGCGCCAAAUUAUCCAAACAAAGCAGAAAUAUGUGUCCUCCUCCUUUUUUUUUUUUUUUACUGCCCCCCCACUGGCUGCAGACGGCCGGCGUGUUCCUGCUAAGAUCAACAGUGCUGCCGCUGGCCGGCUCGCAGAGGGACGGGGGGUUAAACGGUGUGUGAUAGCAAGGCAAGGCCAGGCGCUCUCCAGCCGCCGCCGAGGAAUGCGAGCGAGGAAUUUACGGCACCUACCGGAGAUGCUUCUGCUCCAUGUGGUUUUCAGCUCUGAAAGCUCUAAAACUCAACCUGCCCAUUCAUAGUGUUGAGUUAUGAACUUGGAAAAGACAUUUGUCUUUAAGUGUGUCGAAGAGCGCUGCUUGAAUUUCAGCCAUAAUUUAAAGGAGACCCCACUUAGAAAAAUAAUUACAGUGCCUUGCAGAAGUAUUCACACCCCUUUUGACUCCCCCCUCCUCUCUACACACAUUACUGCAUUACAAAGAAAACUAUAAAGUAUUUUUUUUUCUUUAUUUUAUGUUAUAGGUCAAAUCUUAAUUGGGUAUUAUUUCAAAGUGGAAGGAUUUUAAAGUGUAAUGAAAACUAUACAUCCUUAGUUUUUUUUUUUUUUUACAGAUACAAAUCAGUAAAGUUUUACUUUUAUUCUGCUAAAUAAAAUAUAAUGUUACAAAUACUUACUUCUAGCAGGACAGAUAUACAGCAAGAGACACAACUGAGUUGUUUAGAUCAGAACAGAUGAAUGGCCUAGUUAAAGUGUAGCACUAAAUCAAACUGAGUAAGACUUUUACAUUAGUGUCCAAGGUCACUUUGCAUCCAAUAUACUUGAGCUUGAGCUGAUUUACAAAUAGGAACCUGUAGGGCUGGACACAAUCAAUAACAAUAUUUAUAGCGAGAGAAUCGAUAAUACGUCAUUAUAGAAUAUUGAAUAUAUAAAGAAUAUUCACUGAGCUCCGAUCCAGAAUUGAACAGCAUUCUGGGGGAUGUAGGCAGAGCUGGUCAACCUCUCACAGCAAUCAACUAACUUGCUCAUUCUUUGGUUACCUAGCAACAACUUGCUGAUUAACUUGCACAGCAGCAGUUUCGGGUUUCCUUUCCUCAUAACUGCUAAAAAAUAAUUAACAAUGGCGUGGAGAGAAAGCUGGAUCAAACAGGUACGCCACCAGUUUGGCAGUAUUUCGGAUAUUUAAAAUUAAAAACUAAUCAGUAAUUAUCAAUAUCGACUGACAUAAAAUGCUUAUAUCGCGAUAUGUUUUUCCAGCACUAGGAAUAGGUAAAAAAACAACAACUUUAGUUUUGAAAUAAAUUUCACAAGAGGCCGUAUGUUAUAAACACUAUGGGAAACACAUUAAAAUGCACGGAAUCAUUCUACGUGUCUGGAUGAAGAUGUGUCGAAGAUGUAUCUAUCAUUUAUCGUGAAUUGUUUAUGAGUACAUUUGCGAUCCUAAUUGAAUGUAUCUACAAGCAGAAUGCGGUUCCUCUCUGAACAGCUGGUUUUUACUGAAAUCCAUACCGAAGUCCCCUCAGCCUCUCCUCCAGAAAAACAGCGGGAUUUCCUGCCUGACAUGAGCCGUCGUUUUGUGGUUUUUAGCAACCAUGUUAUUACGCUCGUAAAUUUCCAGAAUCCCCUGAUAAAACAUGGAUUAUUAUUUGCUGACACCAUUCUUAGUGAUGCCACAGGAUCCGCAAGAAUCGCGCGGCUCAUGCUGAAAAUAUGAAGCCACGCUUAAGCAGCUUCGCACAGACUGACAGAAUCACUUUCUAGUAAAUCUAAUGACUGGGUUUGCUGAUAUUCUUUGGAGUGGACCCAUUUUUCACAUCCAGAGGUACUGCUGCAGGACUCUCUCUGCGAGACAGGACUUCUGCAAGGAAAGGCUUGCAGAGUGUUGCAGCGAGGCGAUUGGCUGGCGUGAAGACCAAUAGUCUGCAGAGCUGAGUGUUAUUUGAACUCUCCUCAGACAGAACAGUAAAACCAGACAUCAUCAUCUGACUUUUCUAAAAUUAUUCCCUGGUAAGGUUCAGUUUUUAUUUGCUCCUGAGACUCCAAAAAUAACAAACAAAAAAAAGGAGCAGAAGCAUUUAUAUAUAUAUUUUUUUCUUUGUCUAUAAAGAAUGAGGAUCUACCGUUUGUGGACGUCUUUGGGAGUCUGUUGAUGCACCUGUUGACAGAGGAGAAACCCUGCGUGUUUAAGAAUGGACAAAUUUGCAGCGAUGAAGACUGAUGAGGAUCAGUUUUGUUUGGACAACUACAGAAGAGCUGAAGACAGGAUUGGGCCGAACUGUGAAGACUCACCUCAGACGAGUUUAACAGACGGACAGAGCCCAGACAUGCAGCCGGCCGAGAAAAUCUCUGCCUUGAAGUACAGAAGAUGCAGCUCUCCCAGGUCUCGUCUCGGUGGAGUGAAAGCUCGUCACAAAAGGCAGGUACUCCAGGACAUGGCUCGGCCGCUGAAACAUUGGCUGUACAAGCACCGGGACAACCCUUACCCAACAAAAACCGAGAAGGUUCUUCUCGCUCUGGGUUCACACAUGACACUAGUGCAGGUUUCCAACUGGUUUGCAAAUGCCCGGCGAAGGCUGAAGAACACAGUGAGGCAGCCAGACCUGAGCUGGGCGCUGAGGAUCAAGCUCUACAAUAAAUACAUCCAGGGAAACGCUGAGAGGCUGAGUGUGUGCAGUGACGAUACAAACUCGGACGACGAAGAGUGCACCCUACCGAAUCCAAUCGCCCAAUCAAACUUUGGCGGCUCGUCUUACCGCCGAAGUCUGCUUGAGAAACAGGCCAGCGUCCUCGCUGGGGCGGACUGCUCCAACGAAGAUGACGGCACGUCUCCUCCAUCCAAGUACAAGAGCAGCUUGCUGAACCGCUACCUGAACGACACCCUGCGACACAUGAUGGCGGCAAAGGCUGACGCCAUUGCCUCCGCUCGCGGGAAGAGAUGCCUUUCCCAAUCGUUCAGCUCCAACGAAUGCGAUCGAGAUGUUGUCUCGCCGGAUUUUUCCUCCGAAGCAGAGGCUAACUUCAUCUACAGCAUGGAUACAACUGACAACACUUCAGUUAAAAGUUGCAGGGGCCAGCUGCAAAGCCGAAACCCACCGAGAAAAGACGGCCAGGGCUGGAGGGAAAUCCACGCCGCCGUGGCUCUCACCAGCCUGGCCCAGGGCAAGAGCUGCAAGGCGGCGCAGAGGGCUGACCCGACACCCGGCGCCGCCACGGGGCAGAGCUGCACCGCGGAGCCCUUCAACGUAGCGAAAGCCAGCCUCACGGGGAGGCUGUGUGUGACGGGAGCCGUGACGGCCCUGAAGCAGAGCGCCGGGGCCGCCCUCACCAGCCGCAUCAUCCAGAAAUCGUCUCACAUCUCCGAGGUCCAGACUGUCAAAGCCCCCCUGGCAAACACCGGGUAGGCACUGAACGCCGUGUUCCACUCGCCGCCAGCCAAGAGUGCCUUGUAGUGUACACAGUGUACAGGCCUAACGUUUUACACCUUUCUAAUUAUGUUAUAUACUGUAACAUCUAAUUAGUACCCAGAAGAGUGAAUCCAAAUAAUGUCUGCUUGCUUUGCUACGCCCUGCGUCACCCUCGUUUUCCAUAACUUAUAAGAACUGUCAGGACACCGGAGAAUCCUCCCAUGAUGAAGUUUUACAGCAGCCGUUUGAAUAAAGCCAAUGUGAAA